GGAAGUAGACAGAUAAUGUCAAUGGAUGUCGUGUCGGAAUUUUACGUGUAAUUGAUAUUUUGACGGGGUUUUCGUCUCUGAUCGCCGAUGAAAUCGAUCUGUUAAACUUCGGUUUUGGGCUCAGGUGACUAAAUCGACGAAAAUCCUGCCCGAAACCAGUUAUUUUCCAGGCAAAACGUCACCACGGCUGUUGCCGGUCGGCCAUGUUGUAACCAACAGGCAAGCUGCUCGGGUUUAUUUUUGACAGAAGCUGUCCAAACAUUUGAGGAAAUCGACUGAUAUCUAGUUUUAAAAUGGCUGCAACAGCAGAACCACCGGCAGAAUGCAACAUCAAAGUAAUUUGCCGUGUUCGGCCGUUGAAUGCGAUUGAAGAGAAGGCAGGGAGCAAAUUUAUUCUGAAAUUCCCUACGGAAGAUUCCAUUUCCAUCGGGGGCAAGGUGUUUGUAUUUGACAAGGUGUACAAGCCAACCGUCACCCAGGAGUAUGUGUACAAUAUAGCAGCCAAACCUAUUGUAGCAGAUGUACUUAGUGGAUACAAUGGAACUAUAUUUGCCUAUGGUCAGACGUCCAGUGGGAAGACCCAUACCAUGGAGGGUGUUAUUGGGGAGCCCACCAAGCACGGCAUUAUUCCACGCAUCGUCAAUGACAUCUUUAACUAUAUCUACGGCAUGGACGAAAACUUAGAAUUCCAUAUAAAGGUUUCCUACUUUGAGAUUUACUUAGACAAAAUUCGAGACUUGUUAGACAUUACAAAAACCAACUUGCCUGUCCAUGAAGAUCAAAACAGAGUCCCAUAUGUCAAGGGAGCGACUGAAAGGUUUGUGUCCAGCCCUGAAGAAGUCAUGGAAGUCAUUGAGGAGGGAAAGUCCAACAGACAUGUGUCCGUCACUAACAUGAAUGAGCACAGCUCCAGAAGCCAUAGCGUAUUCUUGAUCAAUGUGAAACAAGAGAAUGAGGAGACUCAGAAGAAACUCAGCGGCAAACUCUACCUGGUUGAUUUGGCAGGUAGUGAGAAGGUCAGUAAGACAGGAGCUGAGGGUAUGGUGUUGGAUGAGGCGAAGAACAUCAACAAGUCUCUGUCAGCACUUGGUAACGUCAUCUCUGCUCUGGCUGAUGGCAAUAAAUCCCACGUGCCGUACAGAGACAGCAAGUUAACAAGGAUCCUUCAGGAGAGUUUAGGAGGUAAUGCCAGGACGACCAUGAUCAUCUGCUGUUCCCCAGCCUCCUAUAACGAGUCAGAAACCAAGUCCACACUCAUGUUUGGACAGAGAGCAAAGACGAUCAAGAACGUUGUGACAGUGAACGAGGAGCUGACAGCAGAAGAGUGGAAGAGGCGCUACGAGAAAGAGAAGGAGAAGAAUGCCAAGCUGAGAGGCAUGCUGGCGAAGAUGGAUGCAGAGCUCCAGAAGUGGCGCAGUGGUCAAACGGUGUCACAAGACGAGCAGAUUGACCUUAAAGCAGAGACGGAUGCUGCAACGCCUGGUGCUGCGGGCGACAAGACACAAGUGAUCACGCAGGUGGCGGGUGCAGGUGCGGGAACAUCAAUCAGUGACAUAGAGCGAGGCCAGUGGGAAGAGGAGAGACUGAAGCUGUAUCAACAGCUUGAUGACAAGGAUGAAGAGAUUAACAACCAAUCACAGCUGAUUGAGAAGCUGAAGGAGCAAAUGCUAGAACAGGAAGACUUGAUCUCCGCGUCCCGACGAGAUUAUGACAGCCUCCAGGCAGAGAUGAACCGUAUCCAAGGCGACAAUGAGUCCGCCAAGGAUGAGGUGAAGGAAGUUCUGCAGGCUUUAGAGGAGCUGGCAAUGAACUACGAUCAGAAGUCACAGGAAGUGGAUAACAAGAACAAAGAAAACGAGUCCCUGAGCGAAGAACUUAGCAGCAAACUGUCCACGCUGAACAGUGUGCAGAAUGAACUCGACAGUCUCAAAGACUCAACACUUCACCAGAGGAAGAGAGUGACUGAAAUGAUGGCGAGUCUGCUCAAGGAUCUAGGUGACAUUGGAGGCAUUGUGGGAGGAAAUGCAGCUGAGAGCAAGCCUGAUGUUGUUGCCAGUGAGAAAAUUGAGGAAGAGUUCACCGUGGCUCGGCUUUACUUGAGUAAGAUGAAAUCUGAGGUAAAAACGCUCGUUAGCAGGUGUCAACAGCUGGAGGUGUUCCAGACGGACAAUAACAAGAGACUGGAAGUGACUGAAAAGGAUUUGUCUGACUGCAGACUUCUCAUCCAGCAGCAUGAGGCUAAGAUCACAAGCCUCCAGGAAUCCAUGAAGGAUACAGAGGUGAAGAAGAGAGAGCUGGAGGAGUCCCUGGACGCCCUCAACGAGGAGUGUGCUAAACUCAAGGCACAAGAACAAGUUCAGGUGGCGACAUUAUCCCAGCAGGCCAAGGAGACAAGUGAUGAGCUGAAGAAUGUACGAGACGUACGCGCUGCACUGGAGACGCAGAUGGAGAACCAUCGCGAGCAGCACCACAAGCAGCUCACUGCGCUCAGAGAUGAGAUCUCUGAGAAACACAGCAUGAUUGAACAGCUGAAAGAUACAAACCAGAAGCUGGCUUUGGCCCAAGAGAAGCUGCAGGCUGACUAUGACAAGCUGAAGCAGGAAGAGAGUGAGAAGUCAGCCAGACUGGCAGAACUCUCUCUGCAGAUGGACCGUCGUGAACAGGCCAAGCAGGACCUGAAAGGACUCGAGGAGACAGUGGCAAAGGAGCUUCAGACCUUACACAACCUGAGGAAACUCUUCGUACAGGAUCUCCAGAAUCGUGUCAAGAAGUCUGUGAACAAGAAAGAAGAAGAAGAAGAUGAGGAGACAGGAGGAAGCGCUGCCCAGAAACAAAAGAUUGUAUUCCUGGAGAACAACCUGGACCAGCUGACAAAGGUCCACAAACAGUUGGUGCGUGAUAACGCUGAUCUGAGAUGCGAGUUGCCGAAGCUGGAGAAGAGACUGAGGGCAACAAUGGAGAGAGUUAAGUCCCUUGAGACAGCCCUGAAGGAGGCUAAAGAGGGCGCUAUGAGGGACAGGAAGAGGUAUCAACACGAGGUGGACAGAAUUAAGGAGGCGGUCAGACAGAAGAAUCUAGCCCGUAGAGGUCAUGCAGCCCAGAUUGCUAAACCAAUCCGUGCUGGUCAGCACCCAGGUGCCCCAGGAACUGGGAUUCGCGGAGGGGGCGGUGGCAUGUCCCAGAACGGACCAGUCACAGAAAGCAAGGCUCAUUCCACGCUUAUCAACUAGUAGAUAAACCAGCUGUGCCAGAACUCCAGUGAGUAACAGUGGAUGCCACUUCUAGCCUAUAGGCGUGCAUAUUUCAGAGGAGCUACAGCGGUCGCUUUUUUUCCAUGGGGAAAAAUGCAAUUUCUUCUGCGACCAUGUUGUCCGUUUUUGACGCUUUGUAUAAAAUAACACCAGGGCAAGUUUUUUUGUAGCAUUCCUUAAGCUUUCUGUGUGUGUGCAUAAACUUGGCAACAAUCCACCAUCUGAAAUAGAACACCCAGCCCUUACAGGAAAAUCUAGACUACUUUGGAAAGGGACAAGAAGUACCUGUCUAUCCCAGACUGUCUCGCAUUUACAUGUGCCCUUGGGACUGUUUGGUAACAUAGAAUGAAUUCUGGAGAGAAAAAGGGGAAAGGAUAUUUACAACUGGUGAAAAUGUAUUGCGAUAUAAGAUGGCAUGGUGCUCCAUUAGUAAUGUAAACAUUUUGACCUAGUGGUUUAAGUUUAGAUACGUGUAGUUUGGCCGAAAACAUGGAAUAGAUUUGAAAAUAAAGAUGUGACUGGGUAGGCCAGAAUUGGUAUUCUACCACUGUGUUAAGCAUCCAUUCUGAACGAAGUAUUUCCAGACAGUCCCUUGAUCAUAAGUAAGUACAAGACAGUCUGGGAUUUUAGAGACUGGACAAUUUUUGGAUUUUGUGCAGUUCCCCCUCACUCUCUUCAUUCUGUAUAUACAAGACAACUAUUUAUAGACUUGGUGUUUAAUAUAUGAAUAUAUGUUCAUCUAUACGUAAAUACAUACAUGCAUAUAUAUAUAUAUAUGAAAUCUCACAUGCCACAACCUUUAUAUUUAAAAUUAUAGGUAUGUGCUAUAUUUCAAUUCACCAUUUUACAAUUGGGUAUAGCUCUACAUGGGAAACUGUGAACCGAAACAAUAUUGUGACAGAGCUUUUUUGAUUCAACAUGGUCAAAGUAAAUUCCUGCAUUUUAACAGCUGCUGAAAGCCACAUAUGGAUGAAGAUACUGUAAUGCUUUACAACAUGGAGAUGCAUAUAACAUCUCAGUUUUUUGCACCAGUGUGAUAUAUGUGAAAUAAAUAGAUUUCUCUAAAUUUGUCAGAUAUGUAUAGGGACAGAUUUAGCAAGGUUUUGUGCAGUCUCCUAUGGGGGUGUGCACGAUAUAAAACCAGGUUUUCCUUAUCUGAAAUAUUUGAGAUUUUGACCACCUGUUAUCAGACUAGUCUGGCAUCUGGGUCACCCUUGGGUUUGACAGCUGUAUCACCUGUUGGGAUAGGUGUUGUACACGACAUCUGGAUGACUCCCUUAAACACAGAAUGGCCAACAUAGCAACAUGGGCUUUAUCACUGCUAGAAAGACACUGAGAUACUCAUUAAUUUCAGUUAUCAAAUUGUUUUUCUGCAGAGCUUACAUGUUCAGAUUUCAUAAUACUUCUAGCCUAGGCCUUCAAAAGUUAAUAAUUUUCCAUAUUUACUAAAUUGCAAUACACACAAUAAAAAGAGAGAGAAAUGAUACCAAUAGAUCUAAGCCAAAGACACCCCAAAGUGACCCAGAUUGCCAAUAGCACUGUCUGAAAUGGAACACUAUCAAUGUUUUUUCGAUGACCCUUCUUGCCACUGUAGCAAGAGCAAUGGAGGUCAUACUUUCGCACAAGCUUCACUAUUUCCCAUUUCCCAUCAAAUAAUUGGAAUUUGCAAGUCACCAGUACCUUGCCGGGAACACGACCAACUGGUACCUUUCUGCAGAACAUGAUUGUAUGGUCCAGUUGAACUUGGCUUUAUAGAUUGACGGACACCAACCCUAAAAAUUGUCUUUCUUUAGCCGAACAAGGUUAUUACCUCUUGUCUCCGUUUAACUGAGUGGUGUACUUUAUUGAAUUCUUCAGUUUUGUUCAAAACCUUUUUUCGUGACUUGUAAUUUUCUGCCAGAAACUGUCAUGUUGGAUUUUUAAGUUAAUGGUCACGUGCUGUGAAAUCUAAGACCGUCAUUUUAUGUUCCUUUAAUUCUCUUGAACUCGUUAUGAGGCUCUGGUCUUAUUCUUUACUGAUUAUGGUGCUUAAAGAUUGUUGAUUACUUGUCAUAUUUGUGUGGAGUUGUAUGUUUGUUUGUUUUUUUUU